AUGGACAGCAGCAGUGAUCAGUUGGGUGUGGCUGAGGAUGAGGCGGUGUGCACGUCAGCCUCAGAGGGCUUGGAGGAAGGCGAGGUUGAGGGGGAGACACUGCUCAUCGUGGAGUCGGAGGACCAGGGUUCAGUUGAUCUCUCCCACGACCAGAGUGGCGACUCACUCAACAGUGACCUUGGGGAAGAGGGCGAAAUUGCGUGGGCCUGUCAGGACAUGGCCUUCUACUGUGACAAGUGUCACAAGUGGAUUCCUGCUGCUCAGCUACAUGGACAGCAGCCCAGUUACCUGAAAGGAGACAACUUCUUCAAGUUCACUUGUUAUGACUGUUCUGAAGACGGGAAGGAAACGUUUGAGAGGAUGAGGCUGACAUGGCAGCAGGUUGUGAUGUUGGCAAUGUAUAAUCUCUCCCUGGAAGGAACUGGCCGCCAAGGUUACUUCAGAUGGAAGGAGGACAUCUGUGCCUUCAUCGGCAGGCACUGGACCUUCCUACUGGGAACCAGGAAGAAGACAUCCACCUGGUGGAGUACUGUAGCAGGCUGUCUGUCUGUGGGAAGUCCCACCUUCUUCCGCUCUGGAGCCCAAGAGUUUGGAGAACCUGGCUGGUGGAAGCUGGUCCAGAACCGGCCUCCCACACUCCGCCCUGAGGUGGACAAAACCACUGUCAAGACCAAAGCCUGUAAGCCGCCGGUGGAGCCCAUCAUCACAGUGGAAGGUCUGAGGAAGCGUGGAGGUCGUAACCCCGUGGAGAACGCUAUGCAGCUGAAGGAGAAACGCUCGCGUACCCAGGAGGCCAAGGACAUCCGGCGGGCGCAGAAGGAGGCGGCAGGGGGAGGCUAUACGGACCGCAGUGCGUCCUCCACACCCGUCAAACUGGGGCGUGGAGGUACGGGCCGACGGCCUGACCUGAUCCUGGAGAAGGGGGAGGUCAUUGAUUUCUCCUCCCUGAGCUCCUCGGACAGAACCCCCCUCACCAGCCCCUCCCCCUCUCCUUCACCCGAUUUUUCCGCCCCUGGCACCCCUGCCUCCCAUUCUGCAACACCCAGCCUCCUGUCAGAGGCGGACCUCAUCCCCGACGCCAUGCCUCCCCAGGCGCUGUUCCACGAUGAUGAGGAGUUGGAGGCCGAAGGAGUGAUUGACCCGGGGAUGGAGUACAUCCCAGCCCCCAGUGCCUCGCUAGGAUCCGCCAACAUGGUGGUCAGGAAAAAGCUCCGCACCCCCACUCCACACAUCAAAUGUGAAGUAGAGAGCGAAGAGGAUGAAGGGCAUGAGCGGUAUGAAGACUCAGAGGACCUUCAUGGGAGGACUGAAGUUGCUCCUCUCUCUACUGGGGGGUGCAGGGGUGUCUCAGGAGGGGUAGAGAGGAGAAGGGGUCAUCCAGAUAAAGGAGAGAGGCUGAGAGCCACGGCCCCAAGCCGUCCCUGUUUUGUUCCACUGAGUCUGUACGAGGAACGCAUGUUACUACGACGGCUAGACGCCUGUCCACUGGCCUUAGCCGUCACGCCGCAGGCUAAGCGACUCCACAGGAAGCUGUUGGUCCGACAGGCCAAGAGACAAAGAGGGCUCCCUCUACUGGACAUUGACAGUGCUGUCAGUGCCACCCUCAGCCUGGUAGGUGGGAUUUACAGAGCCCAGGAAGGUGGGGCCUCAGGGGGAGUGACAGCCAGUAAAUACAACAGCCAAGACCUCCGCAUACUGGACCGCUUCCAGACCUCAAUUCCUACCAGCAGGAGGCCUCAGCUCUCCUCUGUGUCCUUCUAUCAGCGUCUGAUGGGAACAGAUGGCAGUGUGGAACAACUAAUCAGGAGUCCCUAUACCUCCCGGGCUCUCAAACCCUUCAUCAGGAGGGACUUUGAGAACCGGCCCCUCAGGCUCCGGCUGCUGGCGGAGAUCAGAGCGCACCCCCACAGGAAAGACCCCGACUGGAUCCCUGAGCCAGAGGCCCCCAUCGACUACUGCUACGUGCGGCCUAACCAUAUUCCCUCUGUCAAUGCAAUGUGCCACGAUGGCUUCUGGCCAGGAGUAGACUUAUCAGAGUGCCUACAGUACCCAGACUUCAGUGUGGUGGCGCUCUAUAAGAAGGUUGUGAUUGGUUUUGGCUUCAUGGUGCCGGAUGUGAAGUACAAUGAGGCCUACAUCUCCUUCCUGCUGGUUCACCCUGAAUGGAGAAGAGCAGGAAUCGCCACCUUCAUGAUCUACCACCUCAUCCAGACGUGUAUGGGGAAGGAUGUCACCCUCCAUGUGUCUGCCAGUAACCCUGCCAUGCUGCUCUACCAGAAGUUUGGCUUCAAGACGGAGGAAUACAUCCUGGACUUCUACGAUAAGUACUAUCCUCUGGACAGCAAGGAGUGUCGCCACGCCUUCUUCCUGAGACUACGCCGCUGAUGCACAGGAAACGGAACCCCUUUAAAUGCCUGUUAAAGCCACGGGGUGAGACCGGUGCAGUUCCCUUCAGUCAUGAUUAAAAAGGGAAGUCCAUGACCUGACUACCAUCUGGUCCCCAGUGUUGUCUCAGAGGAAGCUCUUCUUUCUCUGCUCCUCCAACCUUUCUUUAGAUGGUGGACUGAACACCGAGUUCACCGGGCUCACAUUCAUAGAGUCACACACAUUCAUAGAGACACACAUUCAUAGAGUCACACACAUUCAUACAUUACCACACAUUCAUAGAGUCACACAUUCAUACAUUCACACACAUUCAUAGAGUUACACAUUCAUAGAGUCUCACAAAUUCAUACAUUCACACACAGAGUCACACAUUUAUACAAUCACACACAUUUAUACAUUCACACACAGACAUUCAUGGGAGCUAUCCAGUAAAACCAGUCUUCUACUGUACAACAACAGCCUGCUGGAAAAAGAGCCUUGCUCAAUGGCAGCUUGACAUGGUUUUCCGGGAAAUGUCAUUGUUCCAGGUUUUCAUGUCGGUUCUGGAGAAUCGUGAAUUAAAUCUCUCAAACCAGUUAUCAUAAACAGCCUGAGAAACCAGUUAUCAUAAACAACCUGAGAAACCAGUUAUCAUAAACAGCCCGAGAAACCAGUUAUCAUAAACAGCCUGAGAAACCAGUUAUGAUAAACAGCCCGAGAAACCAGUCAUCAUAAACAGCCUGAGAAACCAGUUAUCAUAAACAACCUGAGAAACCAGUUAUCAUAAACAGCCCGGGAAACCAGUUAUCAUAAACAGCCCGAGAAACCAGUUAUCAUAAACAGCCCGAGAAACCAGUUAUCAUAAACAGCCUGAGAAACCAGUUAUCAUAAACAGCCUGAGAAACCAGUUAUCAUAAACAGCCUGAGAAACCAGUCAUCAUAAACAGCCCGAGAAACCAGUUAUCAUAAACAGCCUGAGAAACCAGUUAUCAUAAACAGCCUGAGAAAAGACAGCUGCCUGGUCUGAACAAGGUCAUGAGUAUCAGUCAGUGGGAUGUGUCUGUAGUCAGUGGGAUGUGUCUGUAGUCAGUAGGAGGUGUCUGUAGUCAGUGGGAUGUGUCUGUAGUCAGUAGGAGGUGUCUGUAGUCAGUGGGAUGUGUCUGUAGUCAGUGGGAUGUGUCUGUAGUCAGUAGGAGGUGUCUGUAGUCAGUGGGAUGUGUCUGUAGUCAGUAGGAGGUGUCUGUAGUCAGUAGGAGGUGUCUGUAGUCAGUGGGAUGUGUCUGUAGUCAGUGGGAUGUGUCUGUAGUCAGUAGGAGGUGUCUGUAGUCGGUGGGAUGUGUCUGUAGUCAGUGGGAUGUGUCUGUAGUAAGUGGGAUGUGUCUGUAGUCAGUAGGAGGUGUCUGUAGUCAGUGGGAUGUGUCUGUAGUCAGUAGGACGUGUCUGUAGUCAGCAGGAUGUGUCUGUAGUCAGUAGGAGGUGUCUGUAGUCAGUGGGAUGUGUCUAGUCAGUAGGACGUGUCUGUAGUCAGUAGGAUGUGUCUGUAGUCAGUAGGAGGUGUCUGUAGUCAGUGGGAUGUGUCUGUAGUCAGUAGGACGUGUCUGUAGUCAGUGGGAUGUGUCUGUAGUCAGUAGGAUGUGUCUGUAGUCAGUGGGAUGUGUCUGUAGUCAGUAAGACGUGUCUGUAGUCAGUGGGAUGUGUCUGUAGUCAGUAGUAUGUGUCUGUAGUCAGUAGGACGUGUCUGUAGUCAGUAGGAUGUGUCUGUAGUCAGUAGGAGGUGUCUGUAGUCAGUGGGAUGUGUCUGUAGUCAGUAGGAGGUGUCUGUAGUCAGUGGGAUGUGUCUGUAGUCAGUAGGACGUGUCUGUAGUCAGUGGGAUGUGUCUGUAGUCAGUAGGACGUGUCUGUAGUCAGUAGGAUGUGUCUGUAGUCAGUAGGAGGUGUCUGUAGUCAGUGGGAUGUGUCUGUAGUCAGUAGGAGGUGUCUGUAGUCAGUGGGAUGUGUCUGUAGUCAGUAGGAGGUGUCUGUAGUCAGUAGGAGGUGUCUGUAGUCAGUAGGACGUGUCUGUAGUCAGUAGGAUGUGUCUGUAGUCAGUAGUAUGUGUCUGUAGUCAGUAGGAUGUGUCUGUAGUCA